AUGUCACUGCUAGAAGCCCGUGGGCUCGUCAAAUCGUACGGCCGCCGCCGCGUUGUGGACGGCGUCGAGUUCGAGGUCCAUCCCGGCGAAAUCGUCGGCCUUCUCGGCCCCAACGGCGCCGGCAAGACGACCUCGUUCCGCAUGACCUGCGGCUUGGUCGAGCCCGAUGGCGGCACGGUCAAGCUCGCCGACAAGGACGUCACCAACUGGCCGCUGCACAAGCGGAGCCGCGAGGGGGGCAUGGGCUACCUGGCCCAGGAGUCGAGCGUCUUCCGCAAGCUCUCGGUCCAGGACAACCUGCUGGGCGUCAUGGAGAUGCUGGGCUUCGACCGCCGCACCCGUCGUCGCCGCUGCGACGAGCUGCUCGAACAGUUCGGCAUCACCAAACUGAGGAAGAGCCGGGCGAUGAGCCUCUCCGGCGGUGAGCGGCGGCGGCUCGAGAUCGCCCGCUGCCUCGUCUCGAACCCCAAGAUCAUCCUCCUCGACGAACCGUUCACGGGCAUCGAUCCGGUGACGAUCGACAGCAUCCAAGAGAUCGUCCGCGAGCUGCGUUCGUCGGGCAUCUCGAUCCUGAUCACCGACCACCAAGUCCGCGAAACGCUGGAAAUCACGGACCGCAGCUAUGUGGUGAAGUCGGGCCGCGUCCUCUGCCACGGCACGCCCCGCGAAGUGCUGGCCCACCCCGAGGCCCGCAAGCACUACUUCGGCGAAGGGAUGGGGACGACCCUCGGCGCGGCGUGA